UAACCAUCCAAGUAUCUCACCGGAGCUUGACCAUUUGAACAAACUUCAAAGUCCCAUGCCACCAGGGGAAAGGAAGGUGAGGUGGCGGAUGGGCUCCACCAUUUGAGGAGACAUGACUUUUCUUGGCUCAAAGACCCGAGCAUUUGGAGAACUCGAAGUUUUGGGAUGUUUCUUUUGGCCGUCACAAUUGGCUCGGCGAACGAUCGAAUAGAUUGGGAACCAAGCGAGGGGCAAGAAAGAAACCACUCGAGAGUCUACGUCGUCGCUCCUUCCCCUCCCUUCUUCGUCUUCCAAUUGGAGCAGAGGCCGAUGCAGAAGCGAGAGUAGGAAAGACCGCAUCUUCGAGUACCGAAGGGAGAGAGCCAUCUCGAUCGCUUCAGACCGUCGCCGGGUUGCUUCGGCCCUUUAAGUCGUGUUUGGGGGCGAGCGGGGAAAUUUGGUUUCUUGGUCGAAUUGGGUUUUGCAGUUGAUUUUGUCGCUGGGGCGGCGUUGUUUGAUUGCAGCGGAGAUGGCAGUCUAACUAAUCGAGAUAAGCUGCAUCCCGAAACGGUGAAAGAAAAAAAGUCAUCUUUGUCCUGAAUAUGGAACUGGCAUAGGAACAUAUCAAAAAUUGCCCCAUUUUGUUAUCUAAUGGAAGAUGGGGAAGGGAGGAAUAUGAGGCUGUAAAUAGCAUCGACCAGCCAAGAAACUUAUUGUUCAUAACAGAUUCAACCCUGGGAGACAUUUUUAAGGCAUCGAAGUCUGUAUUAUUCUUUGACUUAAUAGCCAGUGUUCAAGCAUGAUUAAGCAGAUACUAAAUCGUCUCCCUCGAAAGCCAUCAAAGUCGUCAGAUAGUCGAGAUUCAGUUGGUGGGUCAGUGCCUCCGUCGUCAUCUUCAAGCAGCUCAAGAAGUGGGGACUUGCAAACCAGUAAGAUCACAAACCCAAGCAGUCAGGUCCCUCCUGGAUUGAGUCCUGGGUUAAAUAAUCUAAACAAAUAUGCUCCACCUGUUAAUUUGAAGCUUAAUGGAAAUUGUGUAAUCCCUGUCUACGAAGCAUUGCCGAGCUUUAAGGAUGUCCCUAAUUCUGAGAAGCAGAUCUUGUUCAUGCGAAAGUUGGACUUAUGCUCUGUCGUGUUUGACUUUACUGACCCAUCAAAGAACUUGAAAGAGAAAGACAUAAAGCGACAGACGCUGUUAGAGCUUGUUGACUAUGUGAGUUCAGCAAGUGGGAAGUUUCCAGAGACUGUCAUGCAAGAGACAACCAAGAUGGUGUCCAUCAACUUGUUUAGGAAUCUAACUAUUCCACCUCGAGAACACAUGGUUUUGGAAAAAAUUGAUGCAGAAGAGGAGGAACCUGUAAUGGACCCUGCAUGGACACACUUACAGAUUGUCUAUGAGUUUUUUCUACGGUUUGUUGCAUCUCCAGAGACCGAUGCUAAGUUAGCAAAAAGAUAUAUAGAUCACUCCUUUGUUCUUAAGCUCCUUGAUCUCUUUGAUUCUGAAGACCCCAGAGAGAGGGACUACCUAAAGACGAUACUUCACCGUGUUUAUGGUAAAUUUAUGGUGCACCGUCCAUUUAUCAGAAAGGCUAUUAACAACAUCUUUUAUCGGUUUAUCUUCGAAACAGAAAAGCACAAUGGAAUUGCAGAGCUUUUGGAGAUUUUAGGAAGUAUAAUCAGUGGAUUUGCUUUGCCUUUAAAGGAAGAGCAUAAAUUGUUCCUUGUGCGUGCACUAAUCCCACUUCACAAGCCAAGGUGCAUUGGUAUGUACCAUCAGCAGUUAUCAUAUUCCAUAACUCAAUUUAUUGAAAAGGAUUGCAAACUUGUGGAUACUGUUAUAAGGGGCUUGCUGAAGUACUGGCCUGUUACAAAUAGUUCAAAGGAAGUCAUGUUCUUGGGGGAGUUAGAAGAGGUCCUAGAAGCAACUCAGCCUGCAGAUUUUCAGAGGUGUAUGGUUCCAUUAUUCCGCCAGAUUGCUCGAUGUUUGAACAGUUCUCACUUUCAGAGUGGAACAUCAUUUGAAGGUUCACAAAUACAACAUCCAUUGCAAUAUUCUACCCAAUGGCUAUAAUUUCAUAGAAUUUGCAAUAUUCUGCCCAAUAACAAUCUGAGUAAUGAAUAUUUGUACAUAUCAGUAAGUACCUUUGGGGCUUGAUUCUACACUUUUAAAAUUAAAUUUAACUAUUCCAAGGAGUCUUGAUAGAUUAGCUAUUGAAACACUGAAAUCCUUUGCUAGCAUAUUACAAUUUGUUGAUUUGUGUUGGGUUCAUACUUUCUUUUUGAUGACCAUGUAAAUAACAACAUAUAAAUAUGUCAUCAAAACCUUGAAGAAUGCAGCCACCUAGACCUAGUAAGACCUUACAAUUACUUAUAAAUAUUAGUUCUUGGAGUAUGUAUGACUAAAAACUUGCAGAAUCUUGCCUUGAACUGAUUAAGAUAUAUGCUUAUCAGAAGAGAUGCUUAUAUUUAAGAUGUACUAUUAAGAUAUUCAUUUUAUGUGUUACACAACCAGCUCUGUUUUCAUUGAUUGAACCUUUUGCAUGGCAUCUUCGAUAUUUACACUAGAUGAUUUCUUUAUGGGCUUGAAGCUACCCAUCAGUUAUUAAGGUAUCCAUAAAGAUCCUUUUAGAUUUACAAUCUGGACAGAAUACCACCUUUUUCAAGAUUUUUAAAGGAUUCAUCCAGCAUGUGAUAAAAGCAGUGUUAUUAAACAUAUUACGUAUGGGAUUUUUAAUAAUUGCACAAGAAGUUGAUCUUUCUCAUAUCAUAUUUUUUUUUGCAAAUUAUGAAGUCUUGUGAUUAAGAUAUGGUAAAAAAAUUCUCAGCUAUAAAUUCUAAUGAAUGACAAUGCUAUGGAGGAAUACGUUGUAACUGCAGUGGUACUGAAGUUAUAAUUGAAACUAUCUCAAGUAUCAAUAGCAUAUCCUAUCUCGCAGUGUAUGCUUUAUUGUGGAUCGCACUAGUGCAUUUGUCAUGUUUACCAUUCCCAAAAUUUUAAAUUGGUUAGCUUGAAGGAUAGCUGUUGAACUCACAAUGUAAGUUCUUGUGAUAAAUUAUUGGAACUCCAAAAUUGGUUGUUCUGAUUCUGUCAUAUAUUACUAAGUAUACAGACAUAGUUUGUUAAUUCUGAUGAUAUAUCAAAUCAAUGACCCUUCCUUCUCAACCCACCCAAUCCCAACCAGAACAAAAAACAAGAAAAAAAACAAUUGGUUGCUGAGCAAUAAUUUUAUCUUUGCUUGUUUUAUUUUUUCAUUGAACCUUCUUCAUGGGAUAUUCGUUGUCCACAAAGAUGCCUAGAUGAUUCCUUGGUGGGCUUAAACCUGCCCCAUCAACGACUGAAGGUGUCUAUAUAGAUCCUUUAAUAUUUAUUAGUUUGGAUGAUAUAUCACCAUUUACACGAUAUAUGGAAUUUGUCCCUUAGGUGACAAUAUCAAUAAUAAUACAUAUCUUCAAUCAUAUUGCAUAUGGGAUUAUCAAUGGUUCAGCAACUAAUUGAUCUUUUCUUAUAGAAAUAAUUUAUUGUGGAUUAUGAAGUCUUGCUAUUAUUAUAUGAUGUAAAGUCUCAACUAGAAACUUUAAUGAUACUGAUAUGGAGGAAUUUGUUGCAAAUAUAGUCGUGUAGGGUUUCCAACUGAAACUAUAUAAAUGUCCAACUGACAUCUGUAGCUCAGUCUUUGUACAUGCAUGAACUGUGGGUGACACUAGUAAAAUUUUACACCUUAACCAUCCCUAGAACUUAGAAGGUCUAGAUUAAUUACCUGAAGAAUAGCCCUUCAAAAAGAUAAAAUUAGUCUGAUCAUGUGUUCAGUCAUAGCAUUGCUUAUUUGCUUACUAUGAUGUUAUCAUGCACCAGCAUGUAUACAGAAAAGAUGUGUUGCUUUUGAUGAUAUUAUUGAAUUUAAGUCCCACACCGGCAACUGAAAAAAAAAGAGAAAAGAGCAAUUGGUUGGUCUGUACCUAUCUUAGCUUGGCUCAGUUUAUUGUUUCCUCCACCUAAACCAGGAUAGAAGAAUAGAAGCAUCAGCUUUAGAUAUAUGCUAUAAACUGUAAUACAUGUAGGACCACUUUGUGUAUCUUCAGGUCAAUGGCAUUGCCUCCUUUAUCUGAAGAAUCUUGUGUACAUCUAUUGCUGCCAUGCAUAUAGGAAUUGUUUUUAUAUGUUGCUGUAUACAUCACACAUCACUCUGCGAAUUUUUCACAUUAAAAAAUUGAUUCAAUUCGAUAGUUUCUCUUAAGAAAUCUCUAGUUCUUAAAUUUUUUUAAAUUUGAUAUUUUUUUAUAGAUGAAAGGUUUUGGAAGAUGCUACUGGGCCCAAUUUUAGGAUAGCUGUAGAAUGGAUAGUUCGCCGGUCGAACAAUCUCACUAUUUUGCAUUAUUUAAUGAGAUGCUACACACAAUCCAACUUUGAGGUAUAUCUUUCCAGUGUACUUCAAUUAGGACAAAGAAUUUAUGUCCAUGGUUGAUGAUUAGACUUAAAAUACAUGUGAUAUAAAUUUAUAAAAGAACUAGAGAGGUUUGUCAUAAUUUUUUAUUAAAUUUAACUAGGAUAUCAGUUAGCCUAGUUCUUUUGGUACUUAUAGUCCCCAAAAUGUUAACUGGGGUGUAGCAAGAUGUUUUUUUAUAAUAUAGACCUCUGCAUGCCAUUUGCCAUAAAAUUUGAGUAUAGUUUGAAGAUCUUGGUGGUGCAUGUUUUCCUGUUUUGAGGUCAAGUUCUCUGAUUAUGUAAACUUGCUCUUU